UGUCGACAUAUUAGCUAAGUAUAGACAAAGCUUGAGAGACAAAGUUUGUAUCGCGUCAGGCUCUCAUCAAUCUUGAGCUGCCACUGAGCGAGCCUAAACUGCUGACAAUGUCGACACUCUUUCACUCUUCUUGUCUCCAACUUUUCGAUUUCUCCUAUUUUAAAAAAAGGCUCAGCUUUCUGCUCAUUGAUCCCGAGGAGGACGAAGAAGAAUAUACUCUCUUUUGUUCCCCAUGAUCAUCGUCGAUCUUCUUUGGAAAUCGUUUCCUCUAUACUUGUUUGGUGGAUCACGAACAGAUUCUCUCUCAGAGUCCAUUUUGCAGAUAAUUCCUUCCUCAACAAUGGAUUCUUCCAAGAUCCCCUGUGACGCUGGCGAAUCUGACCUCUGCAGAGACGAUUCAGCUGCCUUUCUACUCAAAUUCGUAGCCAUUGCCUCCAUUUUCCUCUCUGGAGCAGCUGGUGUAGCCUUACCUCUAAUUGGCAAGAACCGGAGGUUUCUUCAAACAGAGGGGAACCUCUUUGUAGCUGCUAAGGCCUUUGCAGCUGGUGUGAUACUAGCAACAGGCUUUGUCCAUAUGCUUGAUGGUGGCACUGAGGCUCUGACCAAUCCUUGUUUGCCUGAUUUUCCGUGGUCCAAGUUUCCCUUUCCUGGGUUCUUUGCAAUGGUGGCUGCUUUGAUUACUCUGCUUGUUGAUUUCAUGGGGACACAGUAUUAUGAGAGGAAGCAAGAGAGGAGUGGUGAUGAGGCUGCUGCUGCUAGUGAAGCUUCUGCUGUUGGUGUUGAGUCUGGUCGUGAAGAGUCGUCUGUUGUUCCUGUAGUUGUUGAUAGAGUGAGUGAUAGUAGUAAUAAAGUGUUUGGUGAAGAGGAAGGUGGUGGGAUGCACAUUGUUGGUAUCCGUGCUCAUGCUGCUCACCAUAGACAUAGUCACUCUAAUGGCCUUGGUACAUGCGAUGGACAUGGACAUUCACACGGACAUGGUCAUACGGAUGUCGGAAAUGGAGCUAGGCAUGUUGUUGUCUCUCAGAUAUUGGAGCUAGGGAUUGUAUCACACUCAAUCAUCAUCGGUUUAUCACUCGGAGUAUCACAGUCUCCAUGCACGAUCAGGCCUCUAAUAGCAGCCCUAUCAUUUCACCAGUUCUUUGAAGGGUUUGCUCUUGGAGGCUGCAUCUCUCAAGCAGAGUUUAAGAACAAGUCCGCGACCAUAAUGGCUUGCUUCUUUGCACUAACAACGCCUGUAGGGAUCGGGAUUGGAACUGCAGUGGCUUCUUCUUUUAACUCGCAUAGCCCUGGAGCUCUGAUCGCCGAGGGGAUACUUGACUCGCUCUCGGCUGGGAUACUGGUGUACAUGGCUCUGGUGGACCUAAUCGCAGCUGAUUUUCUAAGCAAGAGGAUGAGUUGUAAUGUUAGGCUUCAAGUUGUGUCUUAUGUAAUGUUGUUCCUUGGUGCUGGACUUAUGUCAGCGCUUGCCAUUUGGGCGUAGCUUUCGUAGAUUGCAUGCUAUUGAUUUUCCGAAUAAAUAUAUGCCCUUCUCUACUUUUUGCAUUGAUUCAUAUAAUAUAUAGACUUUAGAGGAAUAUGUUGAAAAACAAUGAUGUGAAAAUUGAAAACUAAAAUUUGUG